CUUCCGGUGUGCGCGCGUGCGUGUUAUCAGUCACGACGCCUCCGGGUAAACAGCCAUGGCCGCCCUGCGCAGGCUCAUCCCGCUACUCACUAACAGUUCAACGGCGAGGAGGUUUGUCGCGUGUGGAUCCUGCGUCACCGCGGCGGCCGGAGCUGGUUAUUAUUAUUAUUAUUAUUAUUACUAUUACCGCGGCUCGCUCGCCGGGAGACGCUGCGGGUUGAAGAGCAACGUCGAGGCUCGACUCUUCCAUCUGGCGCUACCAGCCGUGUCUGCCACCGAGAAGGCCCCCCGCAACUAUGGUCUGGAUGAUGGAGAUGCGUACAUGUCGUCCCAUGAAAACAGAUUUCGCCUCUUCAGUUCGCUGGAGUACGAGGGGCAGCUCUUCAUGACGCCGCUCAGCUUCAUAGAGUCCGUCACUUUGAAUGAACCCAGGAGUAGGAGAGCAUGCAAGUCCCUCACAAAAAAGGACUUAGAAAAGAUGCUGUCUGAUACCCCGCCUGUUUGCAGAGGAUCAUCUAAUUUGUUCAGAAAUCUUCGUGAACGAGGUGUCAUCAGCUACACAGAGUAUCUCUUCCUGCUCUGCAUUUUAACAAAACCCCACGCAGGCUUCAGGAUCGCUUUCAACAUGUUUGAUGCGGAUGGGAAUGAAAUGGUGGACAAAAGGGAGUUCUUAGCGCUAGAGGAAAUUUUCCGUGAGAAAAAGGCCAGAAAGGAAGUUGCAGAAGACACGCAACGAUGUGACCAGCAGAGCCUGCAGCUGUACGGUCAACGCGCACCACAGCCGCACAGUGUUCUCGAAAAGGACAGCCGGCAUGUGGAGGCCCGGGGCAUGUGGGACGUUCUCAGACGCAGCACAAGUCAAGUUCUUUUUUCUGAUCUCACUGAGGUGGAUGAAAAGACAGAGACAACGCUGCUGGUGCACUUCUUUGGGAAAAAAGGCAAAGCUGAAUUGAAAUUUGAAGAUUUUUACGAGUUCAUGGACAACCUGCAGACGGAGGUGCUGGAGAUAGAGUUCCUCUCCUACUGCAAGGGCCUGCCCACCAUCAGCGAGGAAGACUUUGCUCGGAUCCUCCUUCGCUACACCAACGUUGACGACGUCAGCGAGUAUUUGGAGAACGUGCGCCACAGCCUGCCGGAGGAAAAGGGAAUCAGCUUCGAGGAGUUCAGGUCCUUCUUCCAGUUCCUAAACAACCUGGAGGAUUUUACCAUCGCCAUGCAAAUGUACAACUUCGCCAACCGCUCCGUCGGUCAAGAGGAGUUUACCCGCGCCGUAUAUGUGGCCACGGGCAUCACGCUGAGCCGCCACCUGGUCAACACGGUCUUCAAGAUCUUCGACGAGGACCGCGACGAUAAACUCAGCCACAAGGAGUUCAUCGGCGUCAUGAAGGAGCGGCUGCACCGCCGCGGCAAGGGCAUCAGAGUGGAGGAGAAGUUCACCUCUUUUAAGUCCUGUAUGAGGAAGGAGCUCUCAGGCAAAUAAGUGAAGUGGAGAUCCCAUCAACAGAAGCUGUCUUAACUGGAUGAGCGGUGCCUCCUCUUUGCACUCUGCUAGGGACCGAAGGGUUAAUGCAUGCCGCAGCAUCUCACUGCACUUAGAGUUAGUGCAAGUUAGAAGCUUUUAAAUAAAAAGGAUGAUCCACAAACAGGAUGCGGUCAGCCAAAGGAGAAGCUGUUACAAGUGUAAAAAACAACUGGGCCGCCAGUGGUGCAGGAGUCUAAUUUAAAGUAAUCAGUCUGUCGAACUGCUUUUGCACCGGCAUUCGGUUACAGUUUGUCAACACUGAUUUUAUUCAUUUUUCUUAAAGUCCAACGUUGUAUUAUUACUGUGUUGUUCAUCUGGAAUCCCCUUCAGUCCAGAUCUCCAUUCAGUACGGUGGCGUUGCUCAAAUGCUUCGCCCUCCCACCGGCUGUGCAUCCCUCUGCACAGAUCCGCUCAGGAGAGCACCGCCCCUCCUCCCUGUCCUCUUUCUCCUCCCUCUGCAGCUGAAAUCCUUCAGGAUCCCUUAGAGCCGCAGCAGGCUUCAACAAACUAAUUUACGCUUUAGCUUUUUCACUGUGUAACUACAGGCAGCUAACAGCGUUACUCAGUUCUUAGUUGGUAAGAGAGAAUUGCUAUUUUCGUGCCACUGGCAGGGAUGACCUCUAUUUGAAUAAAUAUGCAUAAAAAUGAAGCCAUAUGUUUGGAUGCUUAAAUUAGUUGUAGAGCAAUAAAUUGAAAUCACCUUCUCUUUAUUCUCUCUAAGGAAGAGUUUACACUUCAUCUGCUUUGUAGAAAUCAUCACUUGCAGUAUAGUUCAGUGCAGUGUGUGACUGAGGAAUAUUAAUGACUGUCCUGGUGGAACUCCCCCACCCCUCAACAAUGUUGGAUUUGAGGGGAAGGGGGGGGGGGGUUAUGUACUGAAAAUGGUAUCAACAUGUUACAUGCUGUAAUAAUUAACCAGAUUAGUUAGUCUACCUCUUGAAGAGUUUUUGGAAACCUCUCGCCGGGUGUCAUUCUCUUAAACCAGGUCUUGACUUUUGCACCGAUGCAUUUCUAAAGACAUGGUACUAUAAAAAUAAUACCAAACAUUU